AUGAAUGGAACAGAGGGUCCAAAUUUCUAUGUGCCCAUGUCCAACAAGACAGGGAUAGUACGGAAUCCAUUUGAGUAUCCUCAGUACUACCUUGCUGACCCAUGGAAGUUCUCUUUACUGUCUGCUUACAUGUUUCUGCUGAUUCUCCUUGGCUUCCCUGUCAACUUCCUGACUCUGUAUGUCACCAUCCAACACAAGAAACUCCGGACGCCCCUCAACUACAUCCUUUUGAACCUGGCCUUUGCUAACCUCUUCAUGGUCUUUGGAGGAUUCACCACCACCAUGUACACCUCAAUGCAUGGUUAUUUUAUCUUUGGGACAACAGGCUGCAACGUUGAAGGUUUCUUUGCUACACUGGGUGGUGAAAUAGCUCUGUGGUCCCUAGUAGUCUUGGCCAUUGAAAGAUAUGUGGUGGUCUGCAAGCCCAUGAGCAACUUCCGAUUUAGUGAGACCCAUGCCCUCAUGGGUAUCAUUUUCACCUGGGUCAUGGCCCUGGCCUGUGCUGCUCCUCCACUGUUUGGAUGGUCUAGGUACAUCCCAGAGGGUUUGCAGUGCUCAUGUGGAAUUGAUUAUUACACUCUGAAACCUGAGGUCCACAACGAAUCUUUUGUCAUCUACAUGUUUGUGGUUCACUUCCUCAUUCCACUGAUCAUCAUUUCCUUCUGUUAUGGGCGCCUGAUCUGCACUGUUAAAGAGGCUGCAGCUCAACAACAGGAAUCUGCCACCACCCAGAAAGCCGAGAGAGAAGUUACUCGCAUGGUCAUCAUCAUGGUUAUUUCGUUCCUCGUUUGCUGGGUCCCCUAUGCCAGCGUUGCUUUCUACAUUUUCACCCACCAGGGAUCUGACUUUGGCCCUGUCUUCAUGACCAUCCCAGCUUUCUUCGCCAAGAGCUCUGCUAUCUACAACCCAGUGAUUUACAUUGUAAUGAACAAACAGUUCCGUAACUGCAUGAUCACCACCAUUUGCUGUGGAAAGAACCUGCUGAGUGAUGACGACGCUUCUGCUGGCACCAAGACAGAGACUUCCUCAGUCUCAACCAGCCAGGUUUCUCCUGCAUAG